CCCCGCGGCAGCCGGGCCGCAGCCCUGCCGACAUGGAGUGAAGGAGGCGGGAAGCCCCGCGCCGCCCGGCCCGGCCAUGGAGCUGAGGAGAUCCAUCUCGGCCAGCGCGGAGGCCGAGAGACCCAUGAGGCGCUACGGGGCAGUGGAGGAGACGGAGUGGAAGGCGGAGGCGCUGGGGAGAAAUCAACUUGACAUCAUUUCAAUGGCUGAAACAACAAUGAUGCCCGAGGAAAUAGAGCUAGAGAUGGCAAAGAUCCAGAGACUUCGGGAAGUCUUAGUCAGAAGAGAAUCAGAACUCAGGUUUAUGAUGGAUGACAUUCAGCUGUGCAAAGACAUUAUGAACCUUAAGAAGGAGCUGCAGAGCUUGGUAGCUAUCCCAGAAAAAGAAAAAACAAAGAUGGAGAAACAAAGAGAAGAUGAACUGAUUCAGAAGAUUCAUAGACUGGUGCAAAAAAGAGAUUUUCUUGUAGAUGAUGCAGAGGUGGAGAGAUUACGAGAGAAAGAAGAAGACAAGGAGAUGGCUGAAUUCCUCCGCACCAAGUUAAAACCCUUAGACAAAGCAACACAGUCUCUUACCAGCAGCCCAACAGAAAAGAAGGCAGAACCUCCUCCAAGCAAGCCCGCCAUUGCCAAGGCAGGAUUGGCCAUCAUUAAAGAUUGCUGUGGAGCCACACAGUGCAGCAUCAUGUAGCUCUGGGCUCUCUACCGUGUUUGUUGUCUUUUCAGAGGUUUUCACUGAAGGAAACUGUAGGGUAGAGGCAUCUAACAGCAUCCCACUAAAUGAAUGAAGAUCAACUGUGGUGCAGCUGUAACACAUGGAAUGUACAAUGGCAGGUUCUUCACUGUUGCAUGGAUCACUCAACACGCAUGCCUAAAAAAGCAAGAAAUCCAUAUAGUGGCUGUCCAGUGACCAGAAGAGAUCUGUAAUAGCGUUAACAAAAAUAUCCCUGUGAUAAAAGUGAAAGAAGUUUCAUCAAGUAAUGUGUAAAAAAGCAAUUUUAGUAGGUCACUUCAUAAGAAUUUGUUGUAUACCUUUCUCCUCUCACAAACAACACUCAAACAUUUGCUGGAAUAUUCUGUUUUGGCUACUUUUUAAAAUAAGAGCCACAAAUAGCACUGCAGUAUGUAAGACAACUGAUAGAUUAAAUUAAACAAUUUUAGGGUAACUGAAGUUACAUGCAAAAUAAUCAUCACAUUAGCUUGUAAGUUAACUACUUUGCUGUGAAGUUUCACUUGGAAUUGUUUCUCAAAACUAAAUGUCAGUAACAAGAAUGCUGCAAGCAGAUAUAGAUCUUAUACCCUCUGAUUUCUGAGUUACUCAAAAUAUGCUUUCACUGGGAAAAGUAAGUCUUGGUAAAGCUCUAGAAAGCACAGCUACAGCGAUUGGUAUGUAAAGGAUUAUUCCAGCUGUCUGAUUUCUCUCAUAGCUCUUCACAGAGUCAGAGGGGUAAUUGCAAAAUUUUUUGCCUACUAAAGUUGUAUGCAUUAUGAGAUUACCUGCCAGUGGUGGGCUGCUGGGAGAAGAGCUGAACACACCAACACAGAACCAACAUUUAACUAAUAGCUUAAAACCAACUAUUAAUUGUGUAAUUAAUGACCAUGAGAAAUAGAAGCUAUUAAGUGUGGGGAGACAUUAGCUACCCAAUACAAAUUGGCCACAAGACAAAUAUAAAAAUACAGAAGCAGACACUUGUGGUAUGAAGAUGAUCACAUUCUACACAAAAUAGGUUGAAAAUUAAGGGCAAUACAGAAAGACUUGUGUGUUUCUCCAUUUAAUGCAUUUCUGGUCUCUAUGCAGAUUAAAACUUGUAGAAUUUAAUAUUAGCUGUCAGUAGCUGGUGUGUGACUAUGUGUAUUGUGAUAGGUGUAAAUAAUAAAAUAAAUGUACAUGAUACAAUGUGAAAACAAUCUCAGGCUUAGAAGUAACAAACCGAUAGCAAAAGUCCUUCAAGUAAGAAAGUUUUAAAGAGUAGCUUCAACUUUGCAAAACCAGCCAAGUUAAAUGUGCACUUGUAUGCAAAAGAACCACAAAAGUAUACAAAAGUUAUGCAUAAAGGGGAAAAAUACCAACAGCAGAGCUACCCAAAAAGAAUAGACACGUUUUUAGAGAAAGUAUCUUACCAAGUUUUGAGGAGAAACACCAUCAAAAGUAAAUCAAUAUGUUCUUGUACAAAUUAAAAACAACUCUCUAGAAUUGGACUGGUUCAAUGAAGAACAUUUGCAUUUCCAGAAUCACUGCAGACUCGCUUGUGACGCAGGACUGGCAGUGACAAGAUCCUUAAAUCUUAAGGGUUGAGGAAGAAAUAACACCAAAGGCUUCCACUAAGACAUGAAGCACAUUACAUACUUUGUUCAAAGAUGUGGAAAGAAAACACGUCCAAGGCUGAAUGGUCAGAUACAGUUGGACACCCUUGCUGAUGCACAACAUAUAAGGCUCUGUAGCUGUUAACAGCUACUCUGUCUGGUAUGAAUUGGAGGCUGUAUAGCACCCAUGUUCUUAUGGGAGUUCUGGGUGGAACUGCUUUGCCUAUAGGGGAAAAUACACUUGGGAGGGCAAGGAACGACCACUGACUUCUGGUCAGUUCAGCAGAAUUUGCUGGUACCCUAUUAAGAUACUGAUAAUUCCUGAUGUCUUAAGGUAUAGAUGUGUGAUAUCACAAAGUCAAAGGGAAGUUGAAAAAUUACACCUUCCAGGGAAGCCUUAGAAGGGUCCACUGUUACAAUCAAGUAUUGCAAAUGCCAGUAAGUGAAGGGAUUCACAUACAGGUAUCAGAAGACAAGAGGUGACUUAAGAACAUGAGUUUAAACCAGGCUGUGCUGAUGACCAGGAUAUGUCCUAUGUGCCACACAGCUGCCUACCACCACUCCCUUAGAAAGAAAAAGCAAUCAGCAAAACAUAGGUCUGUAAUUAAAAUUUCACUGACAUAAAAUGAAGCUACGCAGCACUGGGAUUCAGCAGGCAUGACUACAAAGCUCUAAUUAAAAUGAAGCAAAAGCCCAACAAAUGUGGACAUGAUAUGCCCUGAGGGACUUGAUAAACAGCAGUAUUAAUGAAAGUAAACUUUAUUUCCAGAAGCACUUGCCUUAGCUGAAAGGUUUUCCUUAUGUGGCUCCUUUGGAUGGGGAGCUCGCAAUGCUGUUCCACAGUGAAGUUAUUUUCUUUAAAAAAAAAUAAAAAAAUAAAAAAGAAAAGGCUGAGCUCUCAGCUGGGGUCAGCAGCACUGGUGUACAGUGUUGUCCAUCCAGGACACAGCAGAGCCCUGAUGGUUUGCUUCAAACAACAGCUGUGAUUGAACAAAUUAAACUUGGGAACUGUGGAGAAAUCUUGGUCCUUGUGUUAAGAAAUGAGACAAAAAUACAGUACUUACCCUCAAGUAUCAUAGCUUCCGUAACCCAAUGAAUACAGAACAGUGUGCACACCCCCCCCCAGUUCAAAACCAGCAGAAAACUUGAGACAAGAACAUGUAGGUGGCCACACAGCACACCUGCCAACAUUUCAGAGCCAGUUCUCCAAUGCCUGUGAAUGGUCUGCAAAAAGGAAAUCUGUUUGACCAAAGCAUGUAAAACCUUUUCUUGAAGUUCUGGCUGUUCAUCCAGCCAAAAAGGCAGCAAGGCAUCAGAGAGAGGAAAAUUGGAGGUAGAUUAACACUUCUCUGUGAGCUGGUAAACGUGGCUAAGCUCUGGGAAGGAUCUCAGUUUGCAACAGAAAAAGUGACGAAGUGCUAUUUGUACUGAUCAGUAGUUCUACCAGCAAAUGGUUCUCUUGUACCCUUCCCCUAGGUCUGCUGACUGUUCAGCAAAGUUAAAUGUAUUUCCAAAUAAACUAAGCUGCUGUAUUAUACUAA